AUGACGAUAAGUCGUGCUGCAUCAUAUUUUAUUUCAACACCAAUUUAUUAUGUUAAUUCUAAACCUCAUAUAGGUCAUCUUUAUUCAAAUUUACUUGCUGAUACUAUUGCACGAUGGCAAGUAGUAAAACAUCGUUCAGCACCGAAAAUUAUUUUUUCAACUGGAACAGAUGAACAUGGUUUAAAAAUUGAACGAGCUGCAUUAAGUGCUCAAUUGUCACCUCUAGAAUUUUGCAAUCAAGUGACAAAAACAUUUCGUAAUAUGUUUGAUCAAUUUGCAAUUGAAUAUACAGAUUAUAUUCGAACAACAGACAAAAAACAUUGUCAAGCUGUUCAACAUGUUUGGCAAGAAUUAUUAAAACAAAAUCUUAUUUAUAAAGGAAGUUAUGAAGGAUGGUAUUCAGUUCCAGAUGAAUGUUUUGUUAGCGAAGAUGAAAUUGUAAAAGAUCAAACAGGUCAAGCAAGAAUUAAAGAAUCAAAUCGUCCUGUUGAAUGGACAGAAGAAAAAAAUUAUAUGUUUAAAUUAAACCAAUUUCAUGAACGUAUUGAACAAUGGAUAAAAGAUAAAAAACCAUUAUAUCCUAUUAAAUUUAAUAAAUUAGCAUUGAUACAAUUAAAUGAACUUAAAAAACAAGGUGAUAUUUCAAUUUCACGUGAAACAACACGACUUUCAUGGGGUAUACAAGUACCAAAUGAUUCAUCACAAGUAGUAUAUGUUUGGAUUGAUGCACUUAUUAAUUAUUUAACUGCUGUUGGUUAUCCUGAUCAUAUGAUUCAUUGGCCACCUAAUUGUCAAAUAAUUGGUAAAGACAUACUUCGAUUUCAUGCUAUCUAUUGGCCAGCAUUACUUCUGGGACUUAAUCUUGAAUUACCAAGACAGAUAGUUGUUCAUGGACAUUGGUUAAAAGAUGAUACAAAAAUGUCAAAAAGUGUUGGUAAUGUAAUUGAUCCAUCUGAUUUAUUAUCUAAACUUCAAUGCGAUGGUGUUCGUUAUUGUUUAUUACGUGAAGAUGUUCUAUCACAAGAUGCUAAUUUUAAUGAAUAUAAAAUGAAAAAAUAUUUAAAUGCUGAAUUAGCAAAUACCCUUGGAAAUCUACUUAAUCGUGUAACAUCAUUAUCAAUAAAUCCUUCACAUAUUUAUCCUUCAAGUCCUUCAAGUACAUUUUCGUCAUCAGCAACAGAACUUAUUGAUCAAUGUAUAAAUCUACCAUUACGUGUUAAAACAGCAUAUGAUUCAUAUGAAUUUUAUCAUGGUAUUAUUGCAAUUAUGGAUGUCCUUCGUGCAUGUAAUGCUUAUGUUCAACAUGAACAACCUUGGGUAUUAGUUAAAUCAACGAUAGAAAAUGAUCAACAACGUUUACAAAUAUUGAUCUAUUUAACACUUGAAUGUUUACGUAUUUGUGGUAUACUUCUACAACCAAUUGUUCCAUCCAUUACUAAACAAUUACUUGAUAUACUUGACAUUGAUCAAAGUAAACGUACAUUACAUGAUUGUAAUGUUCUAAUUGAACAUAAAGAGAAAAAAUUGAACAUAAUGAAGAAUCAACGUAUAUCAUUGUAUCAACGUUUAACUAUUGUUGAAAAUGAUGUGUAA